AUGGCUCCGCUAGCCGAUAUCGCGAGCUACUUGGGCGGUCUGGAUGCUGGGCACAUCGCAGCUCCGUUCUUCCUGCCCGCGGCGGACUCGCCGGUUCUCCUGAGUGACCACCUCGCCCAGAGCGAAAGCAGGUUAUCGCGAAGCACCACCACCGACUUGGUGCACUUGCAGGGGAUACUGCGAAGGAGACAGCUGUACUGUAGGACUGGCUUUCAUUUGGAAAUCCUUCCUGGUGGAACAGUGCAGGGGACCAGGCGGGACCACAGCCCAUUCGGGAUUCUGGAGUUUAUCAGCAUAGCUGUGGGAUUGGUCAGCAUAAGGGGAGUGAAUAGUGGCCUCUACCUGGGAAUGAACGAUAAAGGAGAACUGUAUGGCUCAGAGAAACUGACAGCAGAAUGCAUCUUUAGAGAGCAAUUUGAAGAGAAUUGGUACAAUACGUAUUCUUCAAAUCUGUACAAACACAGUGACACAGGAAGACGAUAUUUCAUUGCACUCAAUAAAGAUGGAUCUCCAAGAGACGGGAGCAGAUCCAAAAGGCAUCAGAAGUUUACACAUUUCUUGCCAAGACCCGUGGAUCCUGAAAAAGUACCUGAACUCUAUCGAGAUUUAUUAGGAUAUAGUUGA